AUGAUAAAGAACAACCAAACUGUCAUCUCCCAGUUCCUCCUCCUGGGCCUGCCCAUCCUCCCAGAGCACCAGCUCCUCUUCUAUUCCCUGUUUCUGGCCAUGUACCUCAUCACCAUCCUGGGGAAUUUCAUCAUCAUCAUCAUCAUUCUUCUAGACUCUCACCUCCACACACCCAUGUACUUGUUUCUCAGCAACUUGUCCUUCUCUGACCUCUGCUUUUCCUCUGUCACAAUGCCCAAGUUGCUGCAGAACAUGCAAAGUCAGGACAUGUCAAUUUCCUAUGCUGGCUGUCUGACACAAAUGUACUUUUUCAUGUUUUUUGCAAGCCUGGAAAAUUUUCUUCUUAUGGUCAUGGCCUAUGACCGCUAUGUGGCCAUAUGUUUCCCACUUCAUUAUACCAUCAUCAUGAGUCCCAUUCUCUGUGUGUGUUUGGUGCUGCUGUCCUUGGUACUUAACAUGCUGAAUUCCAUGUUGCACACUCUACUUGUUGUUAAAUUGUCAUUCUGUGAGGACAAUAUAAUCCCCCACUUUUUCUGUGACAUAUCUGCAUUGCUCAAGUUGGCCUGCUCUGACAUUUAUAUUAAUGAACUAAUGAUAUUUAUCAUGGGAGGGAUAAUUAUUGUCACCCCAUUCUUACUCAUUGUAGUUUCCUAUGUACAAAUUGUCUGCUCCAUUCUAAAUGUUUCAUCUACUCGGGCCAUCCACAAGAUCUUCACCACCUGUGGCUCCCACCUCUCUAUGGUCUCACUAUUCUAUGGGACAAUUAUUGGUCUCUACUUAUGUCCAUCAGCUAACAACUCUGCUGUGAAGGAGACUGCCAUGGCUAUGAUGUACACAGUGGUGACCCCCAUGCUGAAUCCCUUCAUCUACAGCCUGAGGAACAGAGACAUGAAAGAGGCACUGAUAAGAGUCCUUUGUAAGAAGAAAAUCUCUUUAUAA